GGGUGGGUAGCAACAGUUGCCCCGGUGAGGACGAAGCGCCAUAGCCACGGUAGCCCUGGCGACAAGAACCCAGCAACGAGAAUCAACAACAACAGCCUGAAUCCUUGAAAAAAAUAAAAACAAAAAUACCGGUGGGAAAUUCACUUGGAAUCAGAGUGUCUGGGGCCCAGUUCUCGUGAUGGCCACGACAGGCUACGUUGGGGAGUUGCAGCCCGUGACGACCCAGCCCCAAGGGGCAGCGAGUGGGAGUGUGACGGUGGCCGGACAGUCCUCAGCCUCCGCUGCCCCACACACCGUGGUAGCUCCUACGCAGCAGUUCCUGGCCGAGCUUCAGACCACGGUGGGGGCUCCUGCAGCCGCAGCAGGACAAACCACACCCCCUGCACAAGCCACUCCCACAGCGGCACAGAAGACAGCAGUUGUCCAGGUGGCGCCCACACAGGCUCCUCCCCCCCAGACCCAGUAUGUGACGGCUGAGAUCCAGGGUUCCUCAUCACAGGCCAACAACGCCCAGAACGCCCCCCAGUACAUCGUAGUCACCGUCACAGAGGGCUCUCUCCAUUCAAGUGACUCUGUGUCUGACUCCAGCCCUCCUCCAGCUGUGGUACAGCAGACUGGGGUUCCCACACAGGUGGUGCAGCAGGUGCAAGCAGCACAGCAGAGGUCAGUGGUGCAGGCAACGUCCCAGAUCACAGCCAAGACUGAACAGGGUAUCACCACCCAGCUGAGUGUCACCAACCUGCAGCCCAUCCACCUCACUCAGGAGGUGCAGCAGCAGCUCCAGCAGGUGCCAGUGCAGCAUGUGUACACCAAUCAGGUGCAGUAUGUUGAAGGAGGAGACAACAACUACACCACCAGCACAAUUCGUUCAGGCAGCUUCACCUACACAGACACCCCUUUGUACACUCAGACCACCGCCGCCCCUUACUACGAAGCCCCUCCCACUUCUGGCUCACAGGUCCCCACCACCGGCACACCCCUGACCGUCUCCGUGACAACGGGCUCCACCGGUGGUGUGUCUAUGUACGUGGCUGGCACAGGCCAGAUCGUGGCCAAUCCGGCGGCCGCCACUGGGGGUGGGGCGACAGUGGUGGCGACAGGGGGAACGGCCAAUGGGACUGGGGAAGGGGUGGGGGCUAAUGGAAGCGGGGGCAGCUAUGUGAUCCAGGGGGGGUACAUGCUGAGCGGCAACAGUCAGGGGGGCUACUCCUCCCACAACGCCCGCUCCUCUCCUGCCACCGUCAGUACAACAGAGGGCGAGGAGGGUAGUGGCGUACCGUCGGCAGACAAAAAGGUGCAGUGGCUGCUAGAUAACUAUGAGACAGCUGAAGGGGUCAGUCUGCCUCGCUCCACCCUCUACUGCCACUACCUGCUGCACUGCCAGGAGCAGAAGCUGGAGCCCGUCAACGCUGCCUCCUUUGGGAAGCUGAUCAGAUCCGUGUUCAUGGGGCUACGCACGCGCCGCCUGGGCACCCGGGGGAACUCCAAGUACCACUACUACGGCCUGAGAAUCAAGGCCUGCUCCUCUCUGAUCCGACUGAUGGAGGACCAGCAGCACCUGGCCAUGAGACAGCAGCCCUUCUCUCAGAAACAGAGGUUGAAGCCGGUGCAGAAGGUGGAGGGGAUGACCAAUGGCACGGCGGCAGGCUCGGGCCAACAGCAGCAACAGCAGGGGGCGGGGCUCUCUGACAUCAGCUCCCAAGUGCAGCAGUACCAGCAGUUCCUGGACGCGUCUCGGACCCUCCCAGAGUUCCCUGACCUUGACCUGCAGGGGAAGGCCCUACCGGAGGGCAUAGAACUGGAGCACAUCAAGAGCUUCCAGCUGCUGUAUCGGGAACACUGUGAGGCUAUUCUGGACGUGACGAUCAACCUGCAGUUCACCCUGGUGGAGACCCUGUGGAAGACCUUCUGGAGGUUUGAAGAGAGCCCGAGUGGAGACACUGGCACACUGGCUGUACAUGAUGAGUCUGAGAAGCGCCUGCCUAAGGACUGUCUAGUGAUCCUGUGUAAGUACGACCCUGUGCUCCGCUGGAGCCGCGACUGUGACAACACCCUGUACCAGGGCCUGGUGGAGAUCCUCAUCCCCGACGUGCUGCGGCCCAUCCCCAGUGCCUUAACUCAAGCCAUCCGCAACUUUGCCAAAAGUCUGGAGAGUUGGUUGACCAACGCUAUGAUGAACAUCCCAGAAGAGAUGGUCCGCAUUAAGGUAACGUCAGCCAGUUCGUUUGCCCAGACGCUGCGCAGGUACACCUCUCUGAACCACCUGGCCCAGGCAGCCAGGGCCGUGCUACAGAACACAGCUCAGAUAAACCAGAUGCUCAGCGACCUCAACCGUGUGGACUUCGCCAACGUUCAGGAGCAGGCGUCGUGGGUGUGUCGCUGUGAGGACCGUGUGGUGCAGCAGUUGGAGCAGGACUUCAAGCUGACCCUGCAGCAGCAGAACUCUCUAGAGCAGUGGGCUGCCUGGCUGGACGGGGUGGUCUCCCAGGUCCUAAAGCCCUACCAGGCCAGCGCUGCCUUCCCCAAGGCAGCCAAGCUCUUCCUGCUCAAGUGGUCCUUCUACAGUUCCAUGGUGAUCAGAGACCUGACUCUGCGUAGUGCUGCCAGCUUUGGAUCCUUCCACCUGAUCAGACUGCUGUAUGAUGAGUACAUGUACUACCUGAUAGAACACAGAGUGGCCCAGGCUAAAGGAGAGACACCCAUUGCUGUCAUGGGAGAGUUCGCCAGUCUUGGCAGGAGUUUGAACCCACUGGAUCCAGACAAAGAAGAGGAAGAGGAGGAGGAAGAGGAGAGCGAUGACGAGUGUCAGGAGCUGUCUCUGCCCUCUGACGGAGCGGGGCUGGGGGAGGAGUCUCUGGAGCCGCCUACCAAGCUGGCCAGAACCGACCAGAGAGUACUCUUCACCACGGGCCAGGACUGAACACACACACACUGAUACACACAUGCACAAACACACUUACAUCCACAGACUGACUUACACAAAUACACAUACAUAACCGCAUUGAUUGAUACACAUUUGUAUACACACAUACACCAAGAUACCCUUAUAUACACUAAUAUGUACACUAGAGGUUGACACGGGAGAGAAAAUUCAUUCCUGUUCCGUCUUGCCCUGUAAAUUAGUUUUCCUGUAAUGCCUGGAUCCCGUUUCUAUAACCCCGGAACUUUCCUGUCCCAUUCUGAUAGUAAUCGCUCCCGUCCCAUUCUGAUAGUAAUAACUCCCGUCCCAUUCUGAUAGUAAUCGCUCCCGUCCCAUUCUGAUAGUAAUCGCUCCCGUCCCAUUCUGAUAGUAAUCGCUCCCGUCCCAUUCUGAUAGUAAUCGCUCCCGUCUCAUUCUGAUAGUAAUCGCUCCCGUCUCAUUCUGAUAGUAAUCGCUCCCGUCCCAUUCUGAUAGUAAUCGCUCCCGUCCCAUUCUGAUAGUAAUCGCUCCCGUCCCAUUCUGAUAGUAAUCGCUCCCGUCCCAUUCUGAUAGUAAUCGCUCCCGUCCCAUUCUGAUAGUAAUCGCUCCCGUCCCAUUCUGAUAGUAAUCGCUCCCGUCCCAUUCUGAUAGUAAUCGCUCCCGUCCCAUUCUGAUAGUAAUCGCUCCCGUCCCAUUCUGAUAGUAAUCGCUCCCGUCCCAUUCUGAUAGUAAUCGCUCCCGUCCCAUUCUGAUAGUAAUCGCUCCCGUCCCAUUCUGAUAGUAAUCGCUCCCGUCCCAUUCUGAUAGUAAUCGCUCCCGUCCCAUUCUGAUAGUAAUCGCUCCCGUCCCAUUCUGAUAGUAAUCGCUCCCGUCCCAUUCUGAUAGUAAUCGCUCCCGUCCCAUUCUGAUAGUAAUCGCUCCCGUCCCAUUCUGAUAGUAAUCGCUCCCGUCCCAUUCUGAUAGUAAUCACUCCUGUCCCAUUCUGAUAGUAAUCACUCCCGUCUCAUGCAGAUUUUUACACGCAGAAAUAAUUUCCUCCGUUACGCCUCGAUCACACCAAUAGCGUCAUUGCAUUUUGGUACACCAGAUGUACAUUCAUUUCCACUGGAACGCUGUGUUUGCCUUGCAGCAUUGCGUUGCAGAGGCAGUUGCAGUGCGUUCUGUGUGGUGCAUCCGUUUGGAUUUAUCAAUGCAUCAAACUGUAUGCGAAGACAGAAAUGGUAGCAGAAGGUGAAUGUUGAACUUUUGUUGCACACAUAUCCAGAUGAUGCUGCGUACCAUUUUGCGUAAUGACACUAUCGUGUGAUCGGGGCGUAAAGUAGUGACUGACUCCAACUGAAGCGAGGCGUGAGAGUGAGCUGGAAGGAAGGAGAUUAUCAUUAUAUUUAGAUUUUUUUUAAUUAAGGAAACGGUAUUAGGCCUACACAGUUUAUUUGAAUGAAAUGCUCCACACAUUACAAUCCUGUGGAUUGUGGAUCCUGUGCUGUCCCGAACAUGACUCUAGAACUUCCCAUUCCUGACAGACCUGUCAACCUCUAAUGUACAGUUUCUACACACAUUUGAGUGUAGAUACUGUACACACACACACACACACACAAUGUUCAUACACUCAAUGAAAAUUGCUGCAGUCUCUACACAUAGAUGCUGACCCAUCAGUGCACACACACACAGACACACACUGACACUCACUGACACACACAGACACACACAGACACAGU